AUGAAGGGAGGUAUAGCAAAUAUUCUGGACGAGAUUCUACCGUUUAUUAACGCACAAGUGAUGCUACAACUGGGCGUUGACAAUUUUGCAGCUAUUACAUUGGCUUGCACGCCGAUGUACAGCAGCAAGACGCGCCAUAUCGAACUACGCUGCCACUACGACCCAGCUGACAUGUUUACCAAAGCUUUGUCAAAGACAAUUUUAACGCUGUGUCGACCGCUAAUCGGAUGUAAUUACGCGCCACCAAGUUGUGGCAGUUGGCAGUUGGCAGUUGGCAGUUGGCAGUUGGUGUGGCAGUUGGCAGUUGGUGUGGCAGUUGGUGUGGCAGUUGGUGUGGCAGUUGGUGUGGCAGUUGGUGUGGCAGUUGGUGUGGCAGUUGGUGUGGCAGUUGGUGUGGCAGUUGGUGUGGCAGUUGGUGUGGCAGUUGGUGUGGCAGUUGGAAUAACGAACGAAGGACAAGACAUUGAAGAACAGUGGCGUAGAACGGCAGCUCGAAACGCAGAAGUACACAUCCGGUGUUUCUUUGAGAGGCAAGAAACGACCUCAGCACUGCCUAAUGCCGUCAACCGUAGCUUAGCCGCAAGACUAACAAAAGCUAUUUCGCGAAUAAACAUCGCUAAGCUUGUAUGGACAGAUGAGCUAUGUUUCGUGCGGCGCUUCUCAGUUAUAACCGUGAAGAAAAGUGAGCUUAAGCUGGAACAUCUAACGUCAACCAUUGGCGAUAUUCUUAAUCUGCCAGCGGCAAUGGAAUUUUUGGACGAUGAAGAUUUUGGAAGCACGAUGACGAUGUUAGAAAACACAACUUCGUCCUCGCCGACGUCAGCACUUUGUAGAGAAGACUCUGACAGCUUGGGGUUAAACUUGACAGGACUUUGUGAUGCGUUCAACCCGCAGGAAACGGAAUCUCCUUUCGGUGCCAUUGUGCAGCACUCGACUUGUUCUAACGGGUUGGGGUUUCCUAUUGGCGCUAGCUCUUGCUUUUCACCUGAUCAAAAGCUCCAAAGUAGUGGUCACACUCUUGUUGAUAGCGACGUCAAUAUAAAGCAGGAGAGCAACAUGUUCGGCUUGUCGUCAGUUAUGGACUCUUUCCUGCGUGAAUCUUGGGAUGACAUCGUUGAUCCAGGCUCAAGAGCUGCGCAUUCGAUUGUAAUUUCGACUAACCCUCCUGGUCGAGUGAAUUCACUGCCAGCCAGUUUGCUUCUCCCCAAUCCGUCGCCACUAGGGGGACAGCGCUUGAUGAAGAGCAUUCCGUUUCUUUCGCCAUCAUUGCCACUAGCACCAGCAUCUCUGCGCAUGACAUCCAACAUUCUAACCUCGCCAACGGUCUCGUCUGCUUCAUCUACUAGAUCAAAAAGGACUCGGCGAGCGAAGCAGUGUGUUGCUGAAGGGUGUACGCGGCGUGCUCAGUCUAACAAUAGAUGCAAGACUCACGGUGGCGGUGCGCGAUGCCAAGUGGACGGUUGCGACAAGAGUUCACAGGGUGGAGGACUUUGCCGUGCUCACGGAGGUGGUAAAAAGUGCCGAGUGCCUGGCUGCUCAAAGGGCACUCAACGUCUAGGCUUAUGCUACCUGCACGGUGGGAUUCGUCGUUGUGUCGCAGAAGGUUGCAAGAAGAAAGACCGUGGCAACGGCUACUGUAUUUCGCAUGGAGGAGGUCGGCGGUGCGAAGCUGAUGGAUGCAGCCGCUCGGUUCGUAAGGGCAAUCAUUGUCAGAUGCAUCAAGUCCUUGCAGAUGACACGACGUUUCAAAUAAGCCGAGGCCGGGGACUUUUUACUUAG